AGGACUCCAGCGAUGUUCUUCACAAUCAGGUCUCUGCUUCUGCUGCUAGUGGUGCAUGUGCUGUGUGCGAAUGGGCAGACGGAGAUGAAGCGGGUGGUGGGUGAUAACGCCACUCUGCCAUGUUACCAUCAGCUCUGGCAGGGUGACACCUCACUGCUGGACAUUGAGUGGCUGCUGGUGAAGCCUAACGCCAAACAGAAAGUGCUGAUCACCUACUUUGCUGGGCGGAUCUUCAACCUGAGCAAUGCAGAGAGGCUGGCACUAGCGGGGGAUUACCUGAAGGGUGACGCCUCACUGAUGAUCAGCGACCUCUCACUGAGUGAUUCCGGGGAGUACAGCUGUAAGGUGAAGAAUGGAGGAAAUUACCUCUGGAACACCGUCAGCCUCAUCGUACUCGUGAAGCCUUCAAAGCCACGCUGCUGGAUGGAUGGCCGGCUGCUGGAGGGCAGCGAGGUGAAGAUGAGCUGUAAAUCCUCACACGGUUCUGACCCCAUCCACUACAAAUGGGAGAGAGUCCUGGACAAGGGCAGAUACAUGGGGAAGCUUCCACCUUUCGCUCUUCUGGACCUGAAGAACCCAGAGAUCGUGACUCUGAAGAACCUGAGCCGAGAGAGCGCGGGCGUCUAUAAAUGCACAGCCAGCAACGAUGUGGGGGAGGAGAGCUGCACCGUCGAGGUCAAAAUCCACUAUGUCCGUGGAAUGGGAGUGGUGGCCGGGGCCGUAGUGGGCGUGUCCUUAGGCGUACUUCUCCUUAUCCUUAUCGUGUGGCUGGUCUUCCGCAAGAAAGAGAAGAAAAGAUAUGAAGAGGAGGAGACGCCAAAUGAAAUCAGAGAGGAUGCAGAAGCUCCGAAGGCCAAGCUGGUAAAGCCCAACUCUCUCUCUUCUUCUCGCUCUGGAAGUUCUCGAUCAGGCACCUCCUCCACCCAGUCCAUGGUUCCCAGUGGCGCCCCUCGCGUACACAAACCUCAUCCACCCCCUUCCAUACAAGCGCCCUUGAAAGAUGCCAUUCAGCCCUCAACAUUGCCUGCCAUGCCCCCUGCAUACACACAGGUUACCCCGAACCUCCCUGAGCAGCAUGCCAGUCCCAAACUGAACCCAGGCAACCUGACACGCAUGGGCGCUAUGCCGGUCAUGAUCCCAGCCCAGACCAAGGCCUUCCAGACUGUAUAG